AAGCGGAGGGAGGAGUUCCGUGCAGGAUAAAUGAAGCGGUCAGGGCGCACCGGCAACUCCAGGCGAGAGCUGUGCCACCCACUGCCACGUCCAGCUCCGCAGGAGCCAGAGCUGAGAGUGGAGAGAAUGUCACGCCUCCUAGCUCUGGGGCUUUUGGUGGCCCUUCUCUGCCACUCAAGCACCACACUCGACCAGGAGAACCUGACACAGGACCACCAGGACAGUGGGACACAUGAGGACAGCCUCAGGUGGGCCUCCAGCAGCACCGACUUCGGCCUCAGCCUCUACAGGCAGCUGGCUUCUAUGACCCCUGGCAAGAAUGUCAUCUUCUCCCCUCUGAGCACCUUCACAGCCUUGGCCUUCCUGUCCCUGGGGGCCCGCAACACCACCCUCACCGAGAUCCUUGAAGGCCUCAGGUUCAACCUCACGGAGAUUUCCGAGGCAGAGAUCCAGCAGGGCUUCCAGCACCUCCUGCAGACCCUCAACCAGCCCAGCGACCAGCUGCAGCUGAGCAUGGGCAAUGCCCUGUUCCUCCGGAAGCAGCUGAAGCUGCUGCAGAAGUUCUCCGAGGAUGCUCAGGGGCUGUUCGCAGCCCAGGCCUUCUCCACCGACUUCCAGGACCCCGAUGCCGCACAGGCGCUCAUCAAUGACUAUGUGAAGAAUAAGACACAGGGAAAGAUUGUGGAUCUGAUCAAGGGCCUCGAGCCAGAGACAGUGAUGGUCCUGGUAAAUUACAUCUUCUUUAAAGCCAAGUGGAAGACGCCCUUCGACCCCCACGAUACUUUCCAGUCACAGUUCCAUGUGAGCAAGAGAAGGCGGGUGAAGGUGCCCAUGAUGAAAGUGGAAAACCUGUGGACGCCCUACUUCCGGGACGAGGCCCUGUCCUGCACAGUGGUGGAACUGCCGUACAUGGGCAAUGCCAGCGCACUCUUCGUCCUCCCAGACCAGGACAAGCUGACGCAGGUGGAAGCCAGGCUGCUCCCAGAGACCCUGAGCAGGUGGAGACGCUCCUUGCAGACCAGAUGGAUAGAUGAGCUCUACCUGCCAAAGUUCUCCAUCUCAGGAGACUACAAUCUGAACAAAGUCCUUCCCCAGCUGGGCUUCAGGGAGGUCUUCAGCAGGGACGCUGACCUGUCAGGGGUCACAGGAGCCAAGAACCUGGUGCUCUCUCAGGUGGUCCACAAGGCUGUGCUCGACGUGGGUGAGGUGGGCACAGAAGCAGCUGCUGGCCCC